AUGAUGCAGCAUCCUGCUCAUGGGAUGCCCGCGCACACUGCCGUAGGCUAUCCUCAACAAAUGUACUAUGAUGAUUUCUACACGGGCCAAGCAAUAGGCCGUCGACUUUCACGAGGAUCCGCGGGACAACGAACAGGCACAGCUAUGCGAGUCGUGAAGCCUGCCAGCGCCAACAACAGCCCUAGAUCCGCCAUGAUGGCUGCCAGGAGGAGAACCAUGAUGACUGACGGCAGCAACAGUCGCCGCCAGAAGCAAGUCCUUGUGUAUCUCAACACCGCCCAGAACCUGGGACCCCAAAGCCAAGAGACCUUUACCAAUCAGGGACGACCACUGAGCUGGCAUCCGUCUUCGCAUCUCCUCCCUGCUCAAACCAACUUUCAACACACACCCGGCACCAACCCUCUCUCCACGCCAAACAUGUAUGCCGACUAUCAAGACAUGUACUUUGGCGUCGGCUCUCAUUAUUCUCCCAUGGUUGAGUCGUAUUCGACAAACACGUCUCCAGCUUCCACCUUUUCGCCACUUCCGGCCGCCUUUCCUCCCCUGGAGAAUGACCAGUACUUUGGUGCAGACGGUUGGGGGAUGACACAGAAGCCUGGCACGAUCUACACACCGACUGAGGAGGGCCAGAUAAUUUCCAAUUCCCUUCCUUCGAGCAUGGAAUCUGGCCAUAUGCAGCCCAAUAACAGCGUCGAUUGGAACAACUUUAUCAUGCAUGGCUUCAACAGAACUUCGCCGCCCACACCAGAAGUCUUUCUGCAACCGCCACAACAGCAGCAAAUGUCUGUACUGGAGCGGACAGAAUCUCUUCAUCAGGUAGAACCCGAAGAGGAGGACGAGGGUGAAAUUUUGGUUGGCAUGGGUCUGUAUGAUACGCCUGACAAGCGUCAGGAGGAUCCGCAGCUCAACAACUAUCGCUCGACUGUGACGUCUCUGCUGGGCUCUACUUUUUACCACACCGAGCCUAUUGGCAAAGGCUUGAAACUCGAAGAGACGUGGGAGCCUCCUCCUCCCAAGCCGGAUGACGAAGACGAGGAUGAAGACGAGGGGAAAGACGCCGAAGGCGAAGAGGAAGCUGCCGGCGCUGCUUGA